ACUUCCUGAAUGAGACACGAACCAAAACAAGACGGGAAGACAACCGAAUAUGUCCCCGCCUUUAUUCGUCUUUAUUUACCCGCAAUUCAUUACCAAACAACUAGCGCGCUACAGAGCUAACAGUGGAGUGAAUCACCUGCUCUAAGCCGCUAAUCUCACAUUAGCACGUUACCUCGAUACCUAUAGAGGUAAUUAUUGCUUUCUUUAAAUCCACCACCUGGUCAACGGUGCGCCGCUUUUCUUCUAAUUGGCAGCCAUCAGACCUCAGAUCCUUGUCUGCUCCCAUUCUGUCAGGCUCCGUGACUGAUUGAAUGCAGUGAAACUGGCAUCAGUGGACAAGUGCACGCACAAAGGUCCAUCGAUUGGCCGAGGAUGACCAUGGGAGACGCGAAGAAUGAAGCAGACACUGCCUCGCUGGCUCCGAUGGCUCUCUACAGCGUGAUGUUUCCUGUCUUUAAGGAGCUGGAGAAAAUCAAUUUAUCAGCAGCACAGAACCUGAGAGCAGCUUUUAUGAAGGCAGAGAAGGAGAACCCGGGCCUUACCCAGGAUGUUGUAGUCAAAAUAUUGGAAAAGAAGAACUUAAAAAUUAACUAUAGUGAGUCUCUACUUCGCAUGGCUGCAGAUGAUAUGGAGGAGUUGAUGAUUGACAGGCAAGAGCCAGAGUUCCAGGAGCUGAACGAAAGGGCCCGAGCUCUGAAACACAUCCUAAGUACCAUACCCGAUGAGAUCAACGAGAGAGCGAGCUUGCUACAGACCAUCAAAGAUGCUGCCAGUGCCAUAAAGGAGCUGCUAAACACAGUUAAUACUGUCUUAAGGAAAUACCAGUAUCAGAACAGACAGGCACUGGAACAGCAGAAGAAAGAGUUUGUGAAAUACUCCAAGAGCUUCAGUGACACUCUCAAAACCUACUUCAAAGAUGGAAAAGCGAUAAAUGUGUUUGUCAGCGCCAACCGGCUCACCCACCAAACCAACGUGAUACUGCGGGCCUUCAAGACUGCCGUAGCGGCCCGAGAAAACGCAACACACACACAGACGAAGGGGAGACAUUUUUAUUAGAGAAUAAGUGAUACGAGGCUUUCUAAUUUGUAAAGACAUUUUAUUAUUUCUGGCCUGUAUAAUUUAUAAUUCUGUGGCUUUGAGGGGAGAUCAGGUAGUUUUGAGUUUCAAAGCGAGUCAGAUUGACAGUAAUUGCUGGGGAUUUUUAACUCUCUUUAAUGUUGUUCUUUUAUCCGAUUCUUAAGUCGAUAUUUUCUACGCUCCUCCGCUACGCUACAGUUUCCUCUCUGUUCAGAUCAUGUCAGUACUUCACUUGUCCUUAAAAGUUUGGUAAUUGGUUAAAAGUCCUUUUAAAAGUUAUAAUUGUGGCAAUUACUAAUAUCCUGUCACUAGGGCUGCAGUUUUUUUUUUUUUAUUGAUUGAUUUGCCAAAUGUUUUCAAAGAUUGAAUCCUUAAAUGUCUUUGACUGACCAACAACCAACUGACCACUACCCACUGAUGUACUGGAGAUUUGUAUAUACAUCAUUUGUUUUGUUUUUGUUUUUUUAAAUGUGUAUUUCUUAAGCUCCCCAUUGGUAUUAUCUACCUGUGAGGAUGGUCAGUGGUUGGGAAACUGGACUUAAGUCUUCUAGCACUUCUCUUGCUAUCUUGUGCACACAGAUGGAUGUGAUUAUGACUGUAUUGUUUCUUUUUCACUUUGUGCUCAACUCCUACUCUGUAGUUUCCACGACAUUUUCAAGGCCAAUGAAAAUAAAAAUGAAGAGACCUGAA